CCCUGCCCGCCAACGCCGGAGGCCCUUGCUGCCCGGGUCCUGCCCCUGCCGGGACCUACAGCCGGAAGAUGGCGGCGGCUGCGGAGUUAACCCUGCUGGAAAAGUCGCUGGGGCUGAGUAAAGGGAAUAAAUACAGUGCUCACGGCGACCGCCAGAUUCCAGUUCUCCAAACAAACAAUGGUCCAAGUCUAACAGGAUUGACUACUAUAGCAGCCCAUCUAGUCAAGCAAGCCAACAAAGAAUAUUUGCUGGGGAGUACUGCAGAAGAAAAAGCAAUAGUUCAGCAAUGGUUAGAAUACAGGGUCACCCAAGUGGACAGACACUCCAAUAAAGAUGAUCUCCGCACACUGUUGAAGGAUCUUAAUUCAUAUCUUGAAGAUAAAGUCUACCUUACAGGAUAUAACUUUACUUUAGCAGAUAUCCUAUUGUACUAUGGACUACAUCGCUUUAUAGUUGACCUGACAGUUCAAGAAAAGGAGAAAUAUCUUAAUGUGUCUCGCUGGUUUUGUCACAUUCAGCAUUACCCAGGCAUCAGGCAACAUCUGUCUAGUGUUGUCUUCAUCAAGAACAGACUAUAUACUAAUUCCCACUAGAAGCUAUCUGUGCAGUACAGAAGAACAACUAAAAAUGUUUUAAAUGGAAAAUGUAUUGUGGACCACAGGACUAACAUAAAUUGAUACAUAGUCAUUCUUUAUUUGUUGAAGUUGAGAGAAUUUUAAAGUAUAAACUUGUGUCUGAGUGUUUUAUUUGUUCUUCAGUUGAAGUUUUACAAUUUUUAAUGUAAAAAUUGGAGUGCUGUCAAAAAAAACAAGUUGAGAUCAAGUUGUAAAUUAACCUUAUUUUUAAAGGUGAGAUUUAUUUUAAUAAACAUUGUAAAUCAAUGGCUUAAUCUUAAA